AUGGCUGAACCCGUGACAGAGGAAAAGUAUCAGCAGUACUCCGAGUCAGAUCCAGGCAAGAGAUCUGUUGACCCAGGUUCAGUAAAAGCCUCUGAGACAGUUGAUUUUGAGACCAACUCGGUCAAUGAAAAGUCACUACUCCGAAAACUCGACAUUCGUCUCCUGCCUGCCGUCGGUAUUCUCUAUCUGCUCUCCUUCUUGGACCGCAGCAAUGUGGGCAACGCGAGGAUCGAGGGUCUGGCAUCAGACCUUGGUAUGACAGGCAACCAGUACCUAACUGGUCUGACGCUAUACUUUAUCGGCUAUGUCAUUUUUGAAAUCCCAUGCAACAUCGUUCUCAAGCGCACAACGCCUAGGUUCUGGCUACCUACCCUCACCAUCCUAUGGGGUAUCGUAGCCACCUUGAUGGGCAUUGUCCAGAACCUUACUGGCUUCUUCAUUGCCCGCUUCUUCCUCGGUGUUGCCGAAAGUGGUCUCUUCCCCGGCGUAGUCUACUAUUUCUCCAUGUGGUACAAGCGCCGCGAGAGGCAAUUCCGCAUUUCACUCUUCUUCGGAGCCGCCGCUCUUGCCGGAUCCUUCGGUGGCAUCUUGGCCUAUGGCAUUGGCUUUUUGCGCGGCACUGUCUGGGAGCAUGGCUGGCGCUGGAUCUUCAUCCUCGAAGGCAUCGCCACGGUCUUGAUAGCCUUCGGAGCCUACUGGUUCAUCCACAACUACCCAGACACUGCCGAAUUUCUCUCGGACAAGGAGCGCAAGUUCAUCCACGCCCGUCUUGCCUCCGACAGCGACGCCACCCACGACGAGCGCUUCACCUGGGACAACGUCCUCCGCGCCAUAAAGGACCCCAAGUGCUGGCUCUAUGGACUGAGUUUCCACACCAUGAGCUUACCUCUCUACACCUUCUCUCUGUUCUUGCCCUCCAUUAUCAACGCCUUAGGCUACCGCGCCGCAACCGCCCAACUCCUCACCAUCCCGCCCUAUGCCUUCGCCUUCCUCACCACCAUCGCCGUAGCCACCGUCUCGGAGCGUCUGCACCAGCGUGCCAUCUUCAUCAUCGGCUCCGCCAUCUUCGCCAUAAUCGGCUACAUCAUGCUCCUCGCCAACAAGGAUCCCAUAGCCCACCCGGGCUUGUCCUACGCCGGUACCUUCUUCGCUGCAGGCGGCAUUUACCCCGCCACGGCCCUGGCGCUCUCGUGGCCGGCGAUUAAUGUCUCUGGACAAACCAAGAGAGCGGUGGCUAAUGCGAUGCAGAUCAGUAUCGGCAACUUGGGUGCGGUGCUGGGGACGCAGUUGUACAGGAGUGGUGAUGGGCCGAGGUAUAUUGUUGGUCACAGCUUUGCGCUGGGCUAUCUGGUGGGGAAUGUGAUUGUCUCGAGCUUGUUGUAUUUUGUUUUGAGUAGGGAGAAUAAGAGGCGGGAUGGGGUUGCGCCGGAAGUGGAAGAGGUUGGGCAUCUGAAGGAUUGGGAUGGGGAUGAGGAUCCCAGGUGGAGGUUCCAGUACUAG